UUUGUCGCUUGGAGAGGGCACGUUGGAUUGCUUUGGGAAGUGUUUUAUACCUCGGUUCAACUUCGGUUCCAGGUUUAGUUAGCCAUGGCGAAUUGGAAUCAACUUCAACAGCAGCUCAGACAUCCGAACAAUCCUGUGGUGUUCUUUGAUAUUACCAUCGGCUCUACGGAGGUUGGACGGAUGAAGAUGGAGCUUUUUUCUGACGUAGUUCCCAGGACUACGGAAAACUUCAGGCAAUUUUGCACAGGAGAGUACAAGAAGGACAGCGUGCCGAUUGGCUACAAGGGAUCCACGUUUCAUCGUGUCAUCAAGGACUUCAUGAUCCAGGGAGGAGAUUUCGUCAACGGUGACGGCAUGGGAUUAACAAGUAUCUACGGUGGUCCUUUUCCUGAUGAGAACUUCCAGUUGAAGCACGAUGCUGCUGGCUUACUAUCUAUGGCCAACAGUGGCAAGGAUACUAACGGCUGUCAGUUUUUCAUUACGUGUGCACGAUGCGACUUUCUUGAUGGGAAACACGUAGUGUUCGGUCGUAUCCUUGAUGGUCUUCUGGUCAUGCGAAAGAUUGAAAACGUUCCCAUUGGACCCAACAACAAGCCGAAGAUUCCUGUUAUCAUCUCGCAGUGUGGUGAAAUGUGAGCUUGUGCUGGUCGGGACAUGUACAUAUGUUUUUGAGACUUGGAGAAUGUGA